UCCGUAUUCACCUUUCUUUUGAUCUUUUUGUAGACAUUAUUGUUAUUGACUGCAAAUGUCUCAGUAUUUUUGCUCAGUGGAAUGUGGCUUGACAGAUUAAUUAUAUGUUAUCAGGCAAUUGAAGAGCAGCUAAAGAUAUGUGGCCACCAGAGGGAUGCUGAUGUCUUUGAGCUGUUUCUUUCUCAAAAGGAGCUGACAGAGGUCAUUGAUCUUUCUAGGUUUAAAAAAUUAAAAUACUUAUGGCUACAUCAUAACAAGCUCCAUGGAAUAACAUUUCUAACCAGAAACUAUUGUCUGGCAGAGCUAUAUCUAAACAACAAUGCAAUAUUUGAUAUAGAAGGUCUGCACUAUUUGCCUUCAUUGCAUAUACUCCUGCUACAUCACAAUGAGUUAAUAAACCUUGACGCAACAGUAAAAGAAUUAAAGGGAAUGCUAAAUCUGAAGACCCUAACUCUCUACCAAAACCCUUUAUGCCAGUAUAACCUGUACCGUCUAUAUAUAAUCUACUACCUUCCAGGAGUCGAGUUGCUUGACCGAAAUCAAGUUACAGAAAAGGAAAGGAGGUCAAUGAUUACGCUUUUUAACCAUAAAAAGGCUCAUAUUGUUCAAUCAAUAGCAUUCAGAGGAAAAGUAGAUGCCUCAUGGGACCCUCGAUCACCAUUUAAGCAAAAACCAGCGCAGAGAGUACCUUCAGACUUUGCAUUUGCAAAUAAUGUAGACAAAACUAUGUUUGACGACCCAGAAGAUGCUGUUUUUGUAAGGUCCAUGAGGCGAUCAGCAAUGGCUAUCACCUCUCUGAACUGGGACACAGUGCCAACACAAGAGGAAAAAUACCUUGAAGAGAAAGACACAGGACCUGCCCAAAUGCUUACAAUCACACUGAGAUAGCCCCUGGGGUUUCUAGAAAUCUUAGCAGCUUUCAGUUAUAUAUUAAACUUUUCUCUGAUUAGCAUAUUCUUUAUUAACUGUGGUGUUAUUUGAAACAUUAGGAUGUAAACAAACACCAAGGAAAAAUAAUUCCUACAUUUUCUCUUAAGUUUCUUUUGAAGUUAAACAUGGAUAUAGAAAUAUAUGCAAAUCAUUUUAACAAAUUUUCCCAAAAAAUGAACACAUACAUGUAAGGAUCAUCAUAGAUCAAGAAAUAGAACAUUACCAGUACUCUAGAAACCUCCUCAUUCCUGUUACCAGUCCAAUGCCCAGUUACUACAUAAUCCUGAUUUCUAAACCAUGUAUUGUGUUUCUAAGCACAUAUGUUAGAUAUUAAUAUACAUUAAUAUGGUUUCUAAACCAUAUAUUUAUGUUUUCGAAAGGCAUAUAAAUGGAAUCAUAGAAGCUGAAUUAUUUUUUCUGGCUUCUUUUACUCAACAUUGUAAAAUGGACCCAUGUUGUUGUCAGUAGCAAUAAUUCUGUCGUGCUCAUUGAUAUAUAUAUAGUAUUCCAUUGUAUGACGAUGACACAAGGUAUGACUUUCACUCUCACCUUUGGAGGCAUUUAUCAGUUCUGGGUGUGAGCUUAUGAUAUGUGGUUGGCCUAUCCAGAAGCACUCUGUAAAAGGGAAGCAAAAACAGAAAACUUUUCAGCAGUUGCCUGGUGCUGCGACACAAAACUGGACACGUAAGGUAACUCAAAAUAUAUUGCUGAUCUUCUCCAGCUAAGCUCAAGAGCUAGAUAAAAGCUUAUAAAAAGCAGAGCAACAUGUCCCCUUAUCUGAUGGUGCCUAGACAUUAUCACACUGUACCACAGACACACUGUAGAAGUGGGGCUGAAAUCAAAAGCAAGAGAUGAAAACCCGAGCGGGUGUAGUGAACAGUCGCCAAGAAUCUGUGACCUCCUUUUACCUCUGGGCACAUAGGAUUCUGUGCACAGCUAGAAUCUGCAGUCUGGUAUGGUGGCUGGCAGAAGGUUACAGCUGAGGCAAAGAAAAAGAGAGUUUCAUGAAUGGCUGAUAUAAAGGCAAAAAUGACAGCAUGUGGCUUCCAAGAGUACUUCACAGAAAUAAUCAAAAUGUUCUCUUCCUCUCUCCUUCUCAUUUAACCCGCAGGAAGCCAGCUGUCAUGUCAUGACACUUACGCAGUCCUCUGGAGAGACCGAUGUGGUGAAGAACUGAAACCUACUUCCAGAAGAAAGUAAGGAACUAAGUCCUCUGCUGACAACUGUGAGUUACAGUUCUUCCUCCAGACCCAGUUAAUCACCUUGCAAGUGGGUCUUCCAGAUCCAAUUUAAAACCCUCGGAGGACUGCAACUCUGGUUGAAAGCUUCAUAACACCCCCCUGAGAAACUCCAAGCCAGAACCACACCAUCAAGCUGCUUCUAUUUUUGGCCUGCAGGAACUUCAUGAGAUAAUGCUUACUGAAGCUUCAAGCUGAUAAACUUUGGGAUAAUUUGCUAUAUAGUAAUAGAUAAUUAAUACAAUGUGUG